GGCAGUGCGCAUGCGUUGGCGGGGUCAGGGUUGACAGAGUGGUGGACGAGUGCGGCGGCGGCGGCUCAAGCUAAUCGCAACCCUCGUACCUAGCUACAUGUGGAGGGUAAAACGGAACGCAUCCCCAACCCUAACUUUGUUAAAAUUCUUUAUUUUUACUCCAAACAACUCCAAACACUCGUCCUGCAGAAAAUAAGGGAGUGUCCCUGUUUACAAUGAAAGGUAGCCGGAUCGAGCUGGGGGAUGUAACACCCCAUAACAUUAAACAACUGAAACGACUCAAUCAGGUCAUCUUCCCUGUCAGCUACAACGAUAAGUUUUACAAGGAUGUACUGGAAGUUGGGGAGCUUGCAAAGCUUGCAUACUUUAAUGACAUAGCAGUGGGAGCCGUUUGCUGCCGAGUGGACCAUUCUCAAAAUCAGAAGAGACUGUACAUCAUGACGCUUGGAUGUCUAGCACCCUACCGAAGACUUGGAAUUGGUACAAAAAUGCUGAAUCAUGUGCUAAAUAUCUGUGAGAAGGAUGGCACAUUCGACAACAUUUAUCUUCAUGUUCAGAUCAGCAAUGAGUCAGCCAUUGACUUUUACCAGAAGUUUGGCUUUGAGAUCAUUGAAACGAAGAAAAAUUACUACAAAAGGAUAGAGCCUGCAGAUGCCCAUGUGUUGCAGAAGAGUCUGCGUAGCCCAUGCGCACCUCCCACAGGAGAGCUUCAGAAGGCAGAGUAGAGGCACAACUUUUGAAGAGCACAGAUGUGCCUGCCUCCACAGGAACAGAACUGUGAGAAAUUCCCCAGGGUUGACACAUUAACACUUUCUUCAAAGGACGCUAAAAAGAGAUAACAGAUUUAUUAUACAAAAUAUCUGCAUUUGUUUUGCAAAAGGUCCCCUACAAUUUGCAUAUUUUUGCUCUUGUUCUUUAUACAUACAGUUGAAAUUUGGAAGAAAAAAUGUCAAAGUUCUUAUUGCUUGUUUUGACCUGAGACCUAAGUUUUUAACUUGAGUGGAGGAGAGAGGUACAGUGCUUGCACAUCAUACAGUUGUGUUGUUUUAAUGUGGCUAUAGCAUUGAUGGGGACAUAUCCAUACUCUUGAGCUGGAGAAGACUGCUGAAGCAACAGAAGUGUUUGAAUUGCCAUUGCUCAGACACAGUCCCUUUGGUUCAAGUUGGAACAGUCACAGCUCUGUCACCUGCCUCCUGGGAUUCAUGGAAUAUGAGCUGGACCAGGUUGGUGAUAUGUUGUGUUAUCAAAGGUAUAGGUGAACAUCUGGCCUUGGCACUUAAAUGUAAGAGUCUACACAGUUGUGUGGUGGUGGAACAGUUUAGUCAACAUUUAUAGUAUUCUUAAACUCAAUCUUUUAACUCCCAAACAGCAGUUUCUGUUAUUUUAACUCUGCAGUGGCAAUGGUUCAGAGGUUCUCCUGGGAUUGCUGGGAUAAAUGGAAUUGUUAGCAAAACUACAAUUUUUCCUGAAUGUUUUGACUUGUAAUUCACAUAUUUAAUUGUUGAAUUACAAUGUAUGGGCUUGUUAAGAUUUGAUUGUGCAGUGGGCAUUAUAUUGGGUUUUCUGUUUUGGUAAAACAUAUUGCCUUUGGCACAAUAUGUAGCCACUUUUACUGAGUUUGACACACAACUGAGAGCUCUACAGUGCCGAAUUUUGUUAACUUUUGAUUUGAUCUCUGGAGUAGUGGGCUGCCCAGAGGAAACUCUGACCCUCUGCAUGCAAGGAGAGAUGUGUCCUCUCCACUGUAGUAUAAGCAUGAUUUUUCUUUCUUUUGAAGAAUUUUAUCUUUUCUGAAGCUCUAUAUUGUAAAACUUUUUAACGUCUAAAUAAAGGAAUUACUAUUUGCAGUAAA